GUGCUGAUUGAAAAAGGCACACCAGCUGGAUUUAAAAUAAUUGCUGACGCACGUAAAAAAAUUUUGCAAAGUACAGCAAAGUUUCAGAUCGAAACAAACCUGCAAAUGGAUAAACAAGAUAAUGACACAAUACCGAAACUUACAAACUACGGGGCUCAUGUUGUAGCACCGGUUAGACCGCGUCCUAGCAUAUCAGCAACAGAAACAUCAAAAAAAUUGGAAAAACUAACUCAUGAUAAUACAAUAAAUACAGAACUCGCUAAAAGUCAUAUUGAAAGGAUGAUAAUUCCAAAAUCACAAGGUAAAGUUCCUUAUCGCGAUGCUCGCAAAGCAAUGUGGGGUGAUCUAUUCCCACAUUCACCAAAAAAACCUGCUGAACGCAGAAACAUUGGAAUUGACAAAAAGUAUAACAAAGAAGAAAUUUAUAUUAUGAACGACAUAGAGUAUUAUGCUGAUGAAGAAAAUUUACCUAGAAGAAGAAAUGUUCCGCGAAAAAAUAA